CGAGCUUGUUCAACGUUUGACUCUGUCAACCAUGUUUUUAGCGAGAGCUGUUCGGUACAAGCUAAGGUAGGUCGACUGAAACUCUCUUUCCGCAGUGCAAGUUAUUGCUCUUGGUUAUCACGCCCGGUGAAUGCUAAUAAUCCCUGGUUCACCAGCAACGAACUGUGAUUGGCUGCUGGUGAUGAGGCUUUUCUGUAAUGACGCAUGCGUGUGUCUUCUCUGCUCUGGCCAAGAUACGUCGCUGUAGCUGUGGUGAUGUUGUACUGCUACACACAGUGAAACAUUGAUGAUGAGCAUGGUGCGUGUGUGUGUGUGUGAGAGAGCUUGAUUCAUAAAGCGUGGCUUUGAUGGGCCCGCAUCUCAGUCACGGGUACUGCAUUGGGGCUAGCCGUACUGUAUUACAAGUGCAUCGGACAUGCCAGUAUCAGAUGAGUUGUGUCCCUCAGUGACGAGUCAGAUCGGAUAAUAUUCAACCACCUCGGGAGGUUACCCUUGAUUUCUUCCAACGCACGCGGGGACAGCUUUUUUUGACGACAUUACCGGCAGGGAGGAAAACACCAUGCCUUGUUCCUCGCUACUACUAUAAAAAUCGAGAUGAAAGCCUCAUUUCGGCAGUCACUGUGGAGUAAUUCAGAGAUGUGAUUUCAUGAGGAGAGACAGAGAAUUGAGUGCAAGCCACUAUUAUUAAACGAAGCUCAGAUACUGUUGUACCGUUCUAGAUGUUUGACUGAGGAAACCUUUUUGAGAAUGGAUAACUCAAGUUUCCCGAAUCCGUUCGGUAACUUGACGGUGGAGGACCCACAGAUUGACAUUGCGAUGACCAUCUUAAAGGUGGCCCUGCUCACACCCAUCAUUAUCUGUGGGGUCAUCGGCAACCUCCUUGUCUGUAUCUCCGUCUUCAAGUUCCGCAACCUCCGUAUUGUGGCCAACUAUUUCAUCGUGUCGCUGGCCGUGGCCGACCUAGCCGUCAGUUCGGUGGUGAUGCCCCUCGGUCUCUACCAGGAGGUGGUCGGUGGGCUCUGGUAUCUCGGCCCCAUCAUCUGUGACGUCUGGGUCUCCAUGGAUGUCCUGACGUGUACUUCCUCCAUCUGGAACCUCUGCGUGAUCUCAGUGGAUCGCUUCUUGGCCAUCACACGUCCCAUCCAGUACGCUAUCAAGAGAACACCCAUCAUGUCUCUAAUCACCAUCCUAUCCACCUGGGGACUAUCGUUUCUGAUCUCAAUCCCUGCUCUAGUCCUAGUCGGUGGCUACGAUGCCAUGGCUUCGCAUGAAUGUCAACUCAAUAUCAGCCCUAUAUUCCAAGUCGGAUCUUCCUGCCUUUCCUUCUACGUUCCAUGUUUCGUUCUUCUCAUUGUAUAUUACAAAAUAUUCCGCUCCGUGCAGAAACUGGGCCGACGAAAGCCCGGUGGCAGUAUCAAAUACCGCAAGGGUCCUGCCUACAAGAACGGCGUCGGUGCUGGCAAAACAACUCUCGUGACGAAGUUCGUCAACGAAAAGACGGAGAAUUUCGCCACUCUGUGUGACAAGCAAGAACAAUCGUCAAGUGGGGAGGUGGAAAAGCAGCACGAUCGGAAGUCGCACGAGGCGAGUUCGGGUGAGAGGACGGAGUCCAGGACUAAGCGCAUCUCGGUAGCCAGGGAACGUAAGGCCACCUCGGUCCUCUCCAUCGUAGUGACUGUCUUCAUUUGCUGCUGGCUACCUUUCUUCAUUACGAACGUUGUAAUCGGACUGUGUCCCCACUGCGAGAUCACCCACGCGACCUAUGCCACGGUCACCUGGCUGGGGUGGGUCAACUCGGCCGCUAACCCCGUCAUUUACACCAUCUUUAACCGAGACUUUCGCAACGCUUUCAAGAGGCUGAUUUUCUGUUGUGCAAGUGAUUCGUACAAGAGGCGGCAGUAUCUCUCCACGCUGACUAAUUACUAAUAAAUGAAGACAUUUGCAUCAACAUCAAGAGCCACUGAUGAUGCUGUGAUGACUUGAUACCGGAAGUUUCCUCAUUAGGCCCAAAUGCUUGGCCUAAUGAUAGAACAAUUAUUGUGCUAGAGUCAUUAUAUAUGCGUGUUGUCACUGUCCAAGAAAAUACUAAUAGGGAAGUUGACGAACAAUUAUCCGGUUAUAUUGUCACGUACAAGUAAUAUUAUUCCACAAGUAUUUUAUAGUACAAAAGUAUAAUGAACAAAAUUACUGCUCAAACAAUUAUUUUAUACAACCUUUUUUUCUUUAUAAUCAUUUGGGUGACUGAGCGUUGUUGAUUCAUUGUACAAUCGCUUGUCGUAUGAGUCCUAAAUAGGAAAAGUCACUGUGCCCAUUGGCUUUCGAUUACAUUUUUUUCUAAGAACAAUCCUGUCACUUGAUAUAUUAUAACAAUUACCAUGGCCCAAUAAAACACCUGCUUAAACAAAAUGACAAAAUGGAACACAUUUGGCUGAAUAGAUCUAAGUCUACUGAGACUUGUCAGGUAUUGUAUAAGAGAUGUCUGUGAAUACAUGCGAUAAUAUUUUGUGAGCCACAGGGGGUGAUUCUUUGAAGACGGAUUCGACAAUUAUUUUUCUGGAAUGAAAGUUGCCCGAAGCCGGUAAAAGUUGUUGCUACUCCGUUAAUUGCCAACUAGUUAAAAGGUGCAUCACCCGAUCUGUCUGCAUGCCAAAGCAAUAUUUAACACAAAUAAUAGUAUAAACAAUCGACAUUGCAAUAGCUUUUUUUUAAAACCUUUAUUUGAGAUACUAAAUGAAUUUAGUAAGAGUGGGUUCAGAAGUACAAUUUUACUUAUUGCAACCCUUUAUAACACCAUUUCGCAUUACCGGCAGUAGAUGUUUUCACAGGUUUUCCGUGCAUUAUGCUGGACAAUAUUAAUUAAAGCUUUUUGUAUACUUUCAAAACACUUUCACCUCCCCUCAAUUAUAUGCCUAACUUGACCACAAAAAUCAUAUGAUUUUCAAUUAUCCUGUGUGUUUAUCUGUAACCAAAAUGCAACAGACUUGAUAAAAUAAGAAGAUGAUAUACAUAGAUAUAGACUGGAUGUGGUUCAUGCUUUUAAAAGAAAUCAAUGCAGUGCUUGUAGUUUUCCCAUACAUUUGUUUUAUUUCCUGUGGGAUAUCAAACAUCAUUGGAUGAGAAGAAAUGGAAAAGAAACAUGAUCCUUUGGGAAUGUAUUGCCGUUUGCUUUCCAGUUGAUUGUUUGCUCCAAAAUCAUUUCAGAAAAACCUCCCCAUCAACCGUCGUGUUGUAUUUGACAUUUGGAUUUCUAAGUGUCCAGAUUUUGUUAUGUUUACUAUUUUAUUUUGUUUUUAUUUUGGAGGUGGAUGUUUUUUUUAUUUUUUAGAAGAACAGCUUUUUUCAUCCUUUGUUGUUCCUAAAAAAAGUAAUUAAAGACAACCUCAGCUUAUAAUUGUCAUUACGUAUUGAUAAAUACAAGUGUUAAUAACAGGUCUUCAUGUAUUGGUAUAUAGGUCUGAGAUAUCUUCUAACACCCGCUUGUAGAAAAAGCUAUCGGACUCGGGGACAUAUUAACCUAGUAAAGGUAUGACACAUGAUUGAUUGUGACCCGGUAUGUUUUAAAACUGAAAUUAAUUUCCAUAGACUUUAACACCAGCACAAACUUGCUGAGCGUGUUUCUGACAUAUCUCCAUUUAAGAAGCAGGCCUCCUUUUUAACGAAUCUCAAUUCGUCCUGACCAAAUCGGAACACUCAGAUUGCGAACGUGCGCUGAAUCGCUAAACAGAAUACAAACUGUUUAUCGGUCGGUUUCUAGCAAACCAGACCCAGUUUUGGGGAGACAUUUGCUCAAGAUUUCCGAUAGCUUUGGUCGAGGAGAGCGAGAGUAUUAAAAUGGUCGCACUCCGGAUGUAAAUCAAUGAUGGGUCAAACCUUCUAACUGUUGGAUGUUAAUUGAACAUGUCAUUACUCGUCCGAACAAUUACAUUAUUCCAUAGCUGUGUUUUUGUCAUUGCUAGCCUGAGAUAUGAUUGGUAUACUAGUUAAUUUAACUUAACCAGUUUUAUAGUAUAAUAGGGUUGGUACAAACCAGGCUCUCUUUAGUAACCAGCAGCGUUUCUAUUAUGACUGCCAUAUUAAUAUAAUAUCUUGCUCUAGUUGAGUUAUGCGUGGCAACAAUAUGACUAUGAUGUUCAUGUUUGGAUUGUGAUUGCCAAAGUGAAGAUCAUGCUGACAGCAUUUGGGCGACAAUUCUGAAUUGGGUUACGUCUUUCGAACGUACCUUUAACCGAACAAGAAAUCAACAUACUGUGCCCAAUUUCAUAGAACUGCUCAUAAGCAGAAAAUGUUGCUUAAGUAGAGUGGAUUGCUUAGCAGAAAUGAGCAGGAUGCCAGUCACACACUGUACAUGGUGGCAAAUCAGUUUUGGGUGGUAACCAUAUUCUAGUAGCUUACUACUUUUGUGCUUAAGCAGCUCUUUGAAAUUGGGCCCAGGUUCCAAUUGAUGGCUCCGUUUACUGUAGAAUUACGAGAUAAGCAGAGCCAUGAAAUUGGGCGCCGAUCUUUAUCAAGGGUCAACUUGAGAAAGUUAAUAUUAAUUCGAUUGCAGUUAUGGCUAGUAGUAUUGUACAAAACGUGUCUUAGAUUUGAUCGAGGUAGUGCGCCUACUUCAUUAGGACAAAUAGAAAGACAUAUAAUUUUGUAUUAUUAUUAUGUAAUAGUACAGUCUCCCAAGUUAAAUCGAGCUUCGCUUUAUACCAGAAACAUUUUAGUUAAUUGCGAAAUGUCCAAUGCUCGCCGAAGGUAGUAAGCAAUGAAUAUCUGACACGUCAAGAUAGUGAUUUUAUUUAUUUUGUUGUCGAGCCAACCGAUUAGAGAUUUUCGGACUGAAACUUGACGACACACGACUUGAGUGACGUACAAUUCAUCCGAAACAAAUGGAACUAUAGUGACUGUAAAGCCUCAUCCAGCAAAAUCAAUGCAAGUAAAAAUGUACCCGUAUUUCCCGCACAUAUCAAUCACUUCUCAAGUAGAGUCGAAAUUAUAAUGGCUACGUUAUGACAUCAAAACCGUCGUGAGUAAUGCAGACUGCUUUGAUAGUUGUGUUUGUUUGAGACACUAUUGGUAGUUACCGUUAUACCUCUCGAGAUCGCUCUGAGACUAGUUUAUUUUUGCGAGCAAGUUGAUUGUUGAGUUUGUUCAUUUUAAAAUCUACGUGACAGUUCUCUAGCAGAAUCUCGUGACAGUUCUCUAGCAGAAUCUUGUUUAUUUGUUCAAACACGGCUGGUUAAACAAGAAUUGCUAUACGAUCUAUGAAUCAUAAAUGUGUAUUUCUAAACCCAUCGCCGAUGUAUACAGUUUCACACGUUCCGAAACAUUCACAUUUCGUAAAUGUCGCAGCAAAGCAGAACAGCAUUAAAAAAAAAACUUGUAAAAGCUUACUUUUUUCCGAAUAAAAAUUCUUCAAGUUUUUGCUAUUAACUUCCGGACCUUUGUGCACAAAAUCUGAAGGCAGUAUUUUGUACCGCAUUUUUGUAUAGCUUGACUUGACACAAGACGAAUGACGUUGUAUACAGUGACAUGACAAGACGUAGUCUGCAAAAGUCUGACCAUUAAUUACUGCGGGAAUAUCAAACCUAACUGCGGACUCUUUAAACUUAAAACAAAGUACUUAAUUGUUUUUUAACAAAUGUAUUGUUUUACUUAUCUAAUGGUUAUUUAAAAUUAAGAAUGAGGAAUGACAUCGCCCCCUUGGCUUUUACCUACUAGUGUGAUACAUACUUACUGUUAAAACUUGUUAUUGUCAAGAAGUAUUUUUAAACGCAUCCCAAUUAUCCUUUGAACAAGAAUAGAAUUAUAAAACCAAUGGAUACGUACUCGCCGUGUCCAUUAUGUAAAUCAA